AUGGCUAGUGAACAACUUGAUGUCAUUGAUGGCAACAUCACCUCCAACUGGGACGAGACCGUUGAGACUUUCGAUGCUUUGAACCUGAAGGACGAGCUGCUGCGCGGCAUUUUCGGUUUCGGUUUCGAGCACCCCUCCACUAUUCAGCAGCGGGCCAUUCUGCCCAUCAUUAAGGGCCACGAUGUUCUUGCUCAGUCUCAGUCUGGUACCGGUAAAACUGCCACCUUCUCCAUCGGUGUUUUGGAGAACCUCGACCCCUCCAUCCGCCACACUCAGGCCCUGAUUCUGGCCCCCACCCGUGAGCUGGCUCUCCAGAUCCAGAAGGUCGUCAGCGGCCUCGGUGAGUUCAUGGAGGUCACCUGCCACGCCUGCAUUGGUGGUACUUCUGUUGCUGAUGACAUUCAGAAGCUUACCCAGGGUGCACAGGUUGUUGUUGGUACUCCUGGUCGUGUUUUGGACAUGAUCGAGCGCCGCUACCUCAACACCAGCAAGAUUCGCAUGUUCGUCCUCGAUGAGGCCGAUGAGAUGUUGAGCCGUGGUUUCAAGGGCCAGAUCUAUGACAUUUUCCAGAUGAUGCCUGCCAAGUUCCAGGUCGUCCUUUUGUCCGCUACCAUGCCCUCCUCUGUUUUGGAUGUCACCACCAAGUUCAUGUCCAACCCUGUCCAGAUUCUCGUCAAGAAGGAUGAGUUGACUCUUGAGGGUAUCAAGCAGUUCUACAUCAACGUUGACGACGAGAUCAACAAGGUGCCUACUUUGAUCGAUCUGUACGAGACCAUCACUGUUGCUCAGGCAGUUAUUUUCUGCAACACCCGCAAGGCUGUCGAGUACGUCCAGGAGGAGCUCACCAAGAACGACUUCACUGUCUCUGCCAUGCACGGUGAUAUGGAUCAGCGCGAGCGUGACACCAUCAUGCAGGAGUUCCGCACUGGCUCUUCCCGUAUUCUUAUUUCCACUGAUUUGCUUGCUCGUGGUAUUGACGUUCAGCAGGUCUCCAUCGUCAUCAACUACGACCUCCCCACUAACAAGGAGAACUACAUCCAUCGUAUCGGUCGUGGUGGUCGUUUCGGUCGUAAGGGUGUUGCUAUCAACUUGAUCACCAACGACGACGUGCCUGCUCUUCGUGAGAUUGAGAUCUUCUACCACACUGAGAUCAUCGAGAUGCCCGCUGAUGUUGCCGAUCUUAUUGGUUAA